AUGACGCCCACCACACUAAUCAAACUGCCUUUGCAGUUCGUGGUGCGAAUCGUCCAAUCCGGCAUCAACAGGCGAACUAUUUUUGGACUGUUUUUCAAUUUCUGGCUAAAUUUUUCACUGGUGUUUAUAUGGCUGCUUAUGUUCAAAAACGCGGGGAUUGUACCGGACUCAUGGAGACCGCGUAUCCAUGUUCGUUUUGCGCAGAAUCUUGACCGUUUCAUGUUUGACGUUCACCAAGUAUCGUCUUGGGUUUCGCUCGGUCUACUUGUGUCUACUGCGUUUUUGUUAUGGACAUACUUUUAUUACUUUGACGAAACGAAAUAUGUCAGAAACACUCUCAGCUCGUCAAAUUCACCCAUUUAUGACGACUACGACGAUGACGAGGUCCAGAUAGAGAUGUCUGCCAACAAACAGUCCUUGCAGGUUCAGAAACAAACGGUCUACUUUCCGGUGGGCUGCUUUAGAGCCACUCCUGUGGUUCUUGUGGCUGCCUCGUGGUUCCUGCUUAACAUCGAGCACUCGUUCAUAAAUAAUUUUGCGACCUACAAGGACCUGAUCGCGUGGUUUUCCUACGUUUUGCUCCACUUUCUUUCCCCACUCUUCACAGCGAUCUGGCUGUACGUUUUCCAAACACCUGGGGCCCUGAAAUACUUUGGUUUGUGCCUUGGAUUUCAGAACAUCUGUGGAGUCUGUACCCAUAUGUUAUUCCCCAACGCUCCCCCAUGGUUCAUUCAUUUACAUGGCGAGGAUGCUGCUGCUGAUUACUCCAUGCAGGGUUAUGCUGCUGGACUUACACGCGUGGAUGUUGCGCUUGGAACCCAUCUCAACUCGAACGGAUUCCACAAGUCCCCGAUCGUCUUUGGUGCUCUGCCAUCGCUCCACAGCGCCAUGGCUGUUCAGGCGUGUUUAUUUAUUACCUACUACUCACGUUGGCUUACUCCAAAGUUUGCGAUGCUGGCAUUUGUGAAUCUGCAAUGGUGGGCCACCAUGUACUUGGAUCAUCAUUGGCGCCUGGACCUCGUGAUUGGUCUUUUGUACGCCGUCACGGUGUUCACCGUGGUUCAGCCAAAGCUUAAGCGCAAGGAGCGCGAGUUUGUCGUUGCCAGAUCCCGGGGAAAUUUUGGUUCUGGGUCCACUAUGGGAAUGCGCGUAUUUAGAAACACGUUUGCCCAGGACUUCUUCGAUCCUUACUCGUGA